AAUGAAUCUUCGAUUGUCGAGAGAGAGAGAGAGAGGAGAGAGAGGGGUGGGGCUUUUGGAAUCUCUGAUAUCUUCCGCGACACAUAGAAUUGUGGGUGGGUGAGUCAGAUAAGAGUGAGAGUGAGAGAGAGAUCUUCCUAGAAAUGCUGACAAUACCGUUGGGAACCUCAGUGUCAGCAACAACAACAACUGCAACCGCCAUAAACAACUUCUCUCCUAAUCUCAAGAAGCUACCCUUUGCUGCUUCCUCUAGGGUUCCUAGCUCAACUGAUGAAUUCUCACUCUCCCAUUCCCCCAAAUCAGGGCUUUGCAGAGCCAGUCAAGUGGUAGAAUUGUUCCCGGCCGUGUCACCCGAGAUUUUUGUUCGGGAGGCCAGGUUAGAGGACUGUUGGGAAGUGGCUGAGACACAUUGUAGCUCCUUCUUCCCUGAAUACCAAUUCCCUUUAGAUUUUAUGUUGAGGGUUGAUAGGUUGGUGGCAAUGCUGUCAGGAUUUUCUGUACCAAAUGGUUGUCGGAGAACUUGUCUAGUUGCUGUUGUUGGUAACUCAGUUGAUGAUGGCUUCUUAUUUGGGAGCGAAGAUUUCAAAAUUGGAGGCUUUGAUGGAAAAUUUAGUCUCAAUAAGGGUUAUGUAGCUGGAAUAUUAACUGUGGAUACUGUGGCUGAUUUUCUUCCAAGAAAAGGACGGCUACGUCAGAGAAGGACUGGGAUUGCAUACGUAUCAAAUGUUGCAGUUCGGGAGGAAUUUCGAAGAAAGGGAGUAGCAAAAAGGCUUGUAGCGAAAGCAGAGGCUCAAGCCAGAAGUUGGGGCUGCCGUGCCAUUGCACUGCACUGUGACCUAAACAACCAGGGGGCCACAAGGUUGUACAAAGGCCAAGGUUUCAAAUGUAUCAAAGUGCCAGAAGGAGCAAAGUGGCCCCAACCCAAAACCUCUCCGGAUGUCAAGUUCAGCUUCAUGAUGAAGCUCCUAAACAACACGAUCGCCGCUUAGAUUUGUAGGACCAUUGGGGGUAAGGAAAAAAAAAAAAAAGGAAAAAAUAUUGAAAGAUAAUGUAUGUAGGAUAUAAGAUAUAAUGUAAGGAUAUAUGGCACUUGGUUGUUGUACAUACACACUAAAGAUGUAUCUGCAUAUGUUGCAGCCCUAAGUUAUGGUGGUCAUAAUGCUUAACAUGUGCCAAUAACUUUUUCCUGCUUGUAUUGUAAAUGGCAUUUCGUCAAGUCUGCGCACAAUUCUUUGCUGGUUGAACCUGAGCUUGUAAAGUGAUUUAAAUGCCAGGUUCUGGUAUUUAUACCCUUUGGCAGAACUUCUUUGCCUUGUUUAUGCAAUUUAUCAUGUUUUAUGUAA